AUGCUUGCAACACACACAUGCAAGAAGAGCCUAUCAUCAUCAUCACUACUCACCACAACGUUAUCCCGAUCGUUAACCUCUCGGACCUAUGCCCUAUCACUCCAUAAGAAUUCUUCAACGUCGUCCAAACGAACCAAAACUUCAAAGCCUUCUUCUCCAAUCAAUUCCACGUCGACUCACAACACGACAUCUUCAACCAGUAGUACUACACGAAAAACACAACCUACUCUUUCAAAUAGUAAUUUAAAAAGUCUUGAAAUGUCCAAAACUCUUCAUUCUCUCUCAUCUCAAGAAGAGGCUCUUCAAGAACAUCAAUCCAUUGAUGAAUAUCCAUUGACAUUUUCUGAAAGACAUGCCAUUUCAAUUCUCUAUCAUUAUCAUCAAUCACUUAUUGAAAAUCCAUCUUAUACUCUUGAUAAAUUUAUUAGUAAUUAUUUAAGAGCUAACAAAAUUGGAAAGAAUAAUAAGGAAGUGAUUAUUUGUGCCUGCUAUGAAAUUGAAAAAUUAUAUUUAUUACUCGAUUACAUGUCAAAGAAAUUUAAUUUUGAUGAAAUGAAGGAGAAAUUAGAAAUAUCACUAGAUCAAUAUAUCAACAGAAUGAAUAUGAUGAAAAUGAAAGAAUUAGGUCCGAGUGCUCAUUUACUUCCUAAAUCAGUAACGUUUGUUGAAGAAAAUAGAAAAUCAGUACUUCACUGGAGACUAGUAUUUGCAUUGUACAAAGAAUAUUUUCAUGAACAAGAUUUUGAGCAAGUCGUUUUCCAUUCCAAUCAUGCAGAUAGCGUAUUUAGAAAGAUUCCAAUCAAUGUUCUAUUGAGUUGUCCUGCUCAAUUAUUUGAUAUUUUAUGUGAAGAAUAUGGUGAAGAGAAGGCAAUUGAAAUUUGUUUAAUUAACAAUUCUGAAGCACCAGUAUUUGGAAGAGUCAAUGAUGUCAAAGUAAUCAUUGAACAUAAAAGCACGACCACUCAACAACUUGGAAGUGCCAUGACGAAUGACGAGUCGAGGAGUGAUAGUGGGUUUUCUGGUUCGAAACAUGAGAACAUAACACCCAAAGAAGAAGUUACUGAUAUUCUCAAUGCAACUUCUGAGCCAAACAAAGAUCUCUUGGCACCAUUGAAAAAGAAAACUCGAAAAUUCCUCAAAAAACUCUCUGAAAAGUAUUCGGAAGUGGUUGGUAAAAUCACACCAAGUAAAUUGAGUACUUUUGGGUUUAGAUUUGAGAAAAAGACUGAUUUUAGACAAUGGCCAGAAUUUAAGGAAGGUCUCUUUGAAAUACAAGACGAUAGUAGUCAAUAUAUUGUGGAUGAACUCAUUAGAAAUGGAGCUCUUAAACAAAUUACAUCUUUGAAACCACUUGUAUUGGAUUAUUGUUGUGGAACUGGAGGUAAAACAUUUGCAUUGGCUGGUGCUCUGAAAGGAAAAGGUCAAAUCUACAUGCAUGACAUUCGAUUAGAAAAAUUAUCUUCAGAAUUGAAAAGAAGAGCACAUCGUUUAGGAAUUGAGAAUAUUCAACCACUCGAACAUGACCAUUCUCAUUGGGAAAAAUUGAAAGAUAAGAUGAAUUUAGUCAUUCUUGAUGUACCUUGCACAGGAACAGGAACGUUGAGAAGGAAUGUCGAGUUAAAAUACAAAAUUAAUUACAAUUGGAUCAAAGAACUCACAAAGAAGCAAAGAGAAAUUAUUGAAAAUGCCAUACCUUAUGUCAGGAAGGGAAAUUAUUUGCUUUAUUCGACAUGUUCCAUUUUGAGCAAGGAAAAUGAAGAUCAAAUGGAUUACAUUUUGAAAAAGCACAAAAACUUUGAAUUGGUCAAGGAAAUUAAGACAUUACCAUUGUUGAAUGGAGGUGAUGGUAUGUAUGGAGCUCUAUUGAGAAGAAUCCAUUGA